AUGGGACACAAUACAGAUAAUUGCUGGACUUUGCACAAGGAGAUUGAACGACUGAUCAAGGCGGGGCAUUUGUCCAAUUUUGUCUCAGGAGACAAUACACAGCUUGACGCAGUCAAAAACACGGGCGGUGAGUCGGCAAAGGGAAAGGAGGUCGUUGAGGAGUUAGGAGUACCCGCCGGGUCUUGCUUGUCAAUCGCAGGGGGAUUUGGCGGUGGGAGCAUAUCUAGCAAGGGAAGGAAAAGAUAUGUUGAGGCAGUGAACUCGGUUCACCACGCUUACGAGGGGGAAUGUUGGCUGAACCAUACUCCAAUUACUUUUUCGCCAAAGGAUUAUGAUCAUGUGAUUCCGCAUGAUAACGAUCCAAUAGUGGUGACUCUGCGCGUAAAUAACUAUGUCACCAAGAAAGUUUUUCUAGACCAAGGCAGUUCUGCUGACAUCAUAUAUGGUGAUGCAUUUGAAAGAUUGGGCUUAAAGGAGUCAGACUUAAAGCCAUAUACUGGGUGUCUAGUUGGAUUCACAGGCGAUCGGGCCAAGGUCCGAGGCUACGUGGAAUUGGACACUGCUUUUGGUGAGGGUGAAUACGUGAAGAAAUUUCAAGUAAAGUAUUUGGUUCUUCCGUGUAAGGCGACGUAUAAUGUGCUUUUAGGGCGUGAUACAUUGAACAAAAUAUGUGCAAUAAUUUCAACCGUCCAUUUGACAGUAAAGUAUCCAGCUUGCAAUGGAAAGGUGGGAAUUUUGAGGGUGGAUCAAGAGGCCGCCCGAUCAUGUUAUGCACAAAGUCUGGAACUUUACGGCAAGAAGGCCGCCAAGGAAGCCCAUCGCGUCACAGAAAUUUUUCCACAUGAGAAUUUCAAUUUGGAUCCUCGUGAUGAUUCGGAGGAGUUACGACCUCAGCCGGCGGAAGAAACCAAAUCUGUUCACUUAUCUGGGCGUGCUUUGAAAAUUGAAAGCACCUUGUCAAAGGAACAAGAGGACCGAUUGGUCGAGUUACUCAAAAACAAUUUGGAUUUAUUCGCAUGGACAAUUAAGGAUGUUCCAGGCAUUGAUCCUAAUGUUAUAUCCCACCACUUGUCAAUCCAGCAAGGGGCAAAACCUGUUGUACAAGCUCGUAGGCGAAUGGGUGAGGAAAAGGACAAGGAAGUACAAAUAGAAACUCAAAAGUUACUUGAAGGAAAGUUCAUUAGAGAAGUUCAAUAUCCAACAUGGUUGGCAAAUGUUGUUAUGGUGCGAAAGGCUAAUGGGAAAUGGAGAAUGUGUACAGAUUACACAAGUUUGAACAAAGUUUGCCCAAAGGAUUCUUAUCCGCUCCCAAAUGUGGACAAGUUGGUAAAUGGGGCGUCCGGGAAUGAACUGCUCAGUUUAAUGGAUGCAUACUCCGGAUACAACCAAAUAAUGAUGUAUCGCCCUGAUGAGGAGAAAACGACGUUCAUGACGAGUCAGGCGAACUAUUGCUACAAAACGAUGCCCUUUGGUUUAAAGAAUGCGGGGGCGACCUAUCAGCGGUUGAUGGACAAGGUUUUUGUAAAUCAAGUGGGAAGAAACAUGGAAGUAUAUGUGGAUGACAUGAUUGUCAAAACUGCCAAAGGGUGCGCCCAUCAUGAAGACUUGGCUGAGGCAUUUGCACAGAUUCGGAAGUACAAUAUGAGGUUGAAUCCAGAAAAAUGCUCCUUUGGAAUUUUAGGUGGCAAGUUUUUAGGAUUUUUGGUCACUUCAAGGGGGAUCGAGGUUAAUCCCGACAAGUGCAAAGCUAUAGUAAACAUGAAAAGCCCGUCCAAUAUUCGCGAAGUUCAGAGGUUAACAGGACGGUUGGCGGCCUUAUCUCGCUUUUUGCCAAAAGCGGGUGAUAGGGAAGCGCCAUUCUUUGCAUGUGUAAGGCCCAAGUUUUAA